UUAAUGACUUUUGCCAGCCCUAGCGUGAUUCCCACGCUCUCUAUUUCUGGCACACAAAUGGCAUAUCUAAAGAUAAAGAUAACCACAUUAAUUAAGUUGUAAAUAAAAUCAUGGUUAGAUCAAACUCUAAACUAUCUCUGGCCGUCCAAAUUCAAUCCCAUUUUUCCCCACAAAUCUAACCCAUAAUUAGCAUCUUCAUCAAUAUCUUAUGUCCUCAAUAACCAUCUUUCUCGCUCCAUCAAUCUUUGUGUCAGAUCUGAGUUUUUGCCUUUCGUACUUGCAAGCAAGAGAGGACCCUUUGUGUCAGAAGAAAAUCUCAACUUCAAAUCUUUAAUGCUCAUCUGUGUCUCUGCCUUUCACAGCAAAAGUUCACUUCUGUCAGAUUGCUAGGAUUUGGAUCCCCAUCGACAUAGUUAAUUUGGGAUAUUCUUUGUACCCACAAUGAUCUCGAAGGGUGCAACCCGGAACUCCAACUCCCGCAGAAUCAAGUUUGCUCGCAGAUUUGUUUCUGCUCUCUUGCAUAUGAGAAACCAAAACCCUAGACCCGGUUCCUUAUCCAUCGAGGGAUCAGUUCGUACACGAAGCCAGAGAAUCAAGAUCGCGGCUUAUUUGUCAAUGGCUCAAGCAGUUGGAUCGAGGAGGGCUUGGAGCAGGGCUGUUCUUUCCAAGCUUGGAAGCCGAGCAAGGCGCCACAUGAGAAGGAUGGGGAGGAGCUCUCUUGGCAGCUUGAAGAAGAAAAGGGUCAUUAGGAGUUAUUCCCCAGGAGAGCUAGGCCAAGCCAAAAAGCUUAGACAGCUUGUACCUGGUGGAGAAACAAUGGAUAUAUGCAGCUUGUUGGAGGAGACAGCCCACUAUAUAACAUGCCUUGCCACCCAGGUUAAGGUCAUGCAGACUUUAGCUGAUAACUUCUCUAAAUGAUCAGUAUUGAACUGUUCUACAUGUUGAACAUAUUAGGGAAAGGGAUCCAGAAGGGGAAAGGUAUAAAUAUAUAUACAGGGACUGGUUAUAAGUUUUGAAAGAACGUAUAGGUUACUCAUAAUUUGUUGGGCACGCAUGCACAUAUGCACAGCUCCAGUAUUGCAAUCAUCUUGCCUCUAUUCUAUAUUUAUAUCAAAGAUAAUCGACCGGCCGGUGAUAUAUAGGAUGAUGAAUACCCUUUAUGAUACUA